AUGCCAAGAUCCCGAACUGCAACCAUGGCCAUGGCGUCUUCCAUGGCUAUGGCCUCUUCCACGGGCCUAUCCCGACGACAGAUGCUCGGUGUCAUCCUAUUGCUCAUCCUGCCUAGUGCUUUGGUAGUGGUAGUGCAUGCGGAACCGAUCCUGAAGAUCCGCACGACUGAGUUUACCCGUUAUAAUGAAGUGGUUGAAUAUCAAAGCUCAAAGUCCUAUAACCCACGCGGUAUGGCACCGCUGUACGAAAUCACUAAUCACGUCAUCGACAUGUUCGUCGAUGAAUAUCCCAUCCCGGAUGGUUACAUCACCGUACAGGAAGGCUCAAUUGCUGCAGGACCAAACGUUACGGACAACAACUGGGGUCCGUUGCUGAAACAAUACUGGGCGAUCUUGCUUGUGGCGGCAAUAUGCAUCAUCAUGAUUGCGAUCAUGCCUAUCAUGGGCCUGUGUCUGUGUUGCUGCCGGUGCUUCGGCGGAUGUGGUGGACGUUCCCAGCCGUUCGACAAGAAACACGAUACUUGCCGUAGAGCAAUUUUGGGCUUCCUGUUGAUUUGUUCAACCUCAGCAUUGGUAUUUGGAGUGGUGGUUGCGUUUGUUACCAACAGCUAUAUGCAACAUGGGGUGGAAAACAUUACUAUUUCCGCUCGGCAUGGUGUGCACGAUACACGGUUGUACUUGAAAAGCACGUCGUCUCAUAUCGAUCAUGUGCUGAACAAGAACUACCAGGAACUGAACAACGAUCUCAAACAGAUGCUGAACGAUGCUUCCGGCACCAUUAUAAAACGGCUGGAGGAGCAAUCUAAGGCCGAGAAAUUAACGACGCUGUACCAAUUUGUCGAAGAUUUGCCAGGAAUUAGCAAAAAUUUGGAAAAGAUGAAACAGCUCACUAGCGAGUUACGGAUCACGGCAUCUCAGCUGAACGAUGGGCUUCGUGGUGUGAAGAGAGAACUGCUCACGUCGCUUAAUAAGUGCGGUACUCAGGAAUGUAUUAAAGUGAUGGAGGACUACAAGAUUGGACGCUUGAAUGUGAAUGGCAUCGACUACAACUCGAUACAAGACAGAUACUUCCCGAGGCUGCCCGAUUUAUCGGAAAUCAUCGAAAGCGUUAAGGAGCUGAUGGAUAGCAGCCUUGGAAGUGCCAUACGUAAAGGCGUCAAGCAGAUGGAACAGCUCAAGAGUACGCUCAACCAGACCGUUCUGGAAAAUAUUCCGAAAGUGCAGGCCGCUUCGGAUUCAACGGGAAAUGCAAUUAAAGACGUGUCGAACAUGCUUACUUCGCGGCUAAACAAUGUUGGCGAUACACUGGAUAACAAUUCGUACAAGCAUCUGGACACGGCAGACGAGUACAUACAGAAAUAUAGCAUCUACAGAUAUUAUGCCGGACUAGGAAUCAGCUCGGUGCUAUUGCUGAUUUUGAUCUGCCUAGUGUUUGGGCUGUUGUGUGGAAUUUGUGGCAAACGUCCGGACGGUUAUGGAGAUGAUUGCUGCAAUAAGGGCGCUGGUGGAAGAUUCUUAAUUUUCGCCGUUGCCAUUAUUUUCCUUACCUUUUCUGUGAUCCUGGCGGUUGCUUUGGCUUCAUUCCUGUUAGGCACACUAGCGCGUCGUGCUGCCUGUGACUCGCUUCGUGAUCCGGCUAACGAUCAGAUUGUCAACUAUAUCGAUCAGUUUGUUGAUUUAAACCGCCUGUACUCAGAUCUGCGAGCACAGGCAGAACGCUCAAGGACCAAGCUGCAGGUCAGCGAUAAUAUGGAACCGAUAAGCAUCGGCCAGAUGAUUGUGACAUGUCAACAAAAUGAAUCGAUCUACAAGGUACUGAAGUUGAACAACUUUGUCGACAUUGACACGAUUCGUGAUUUCCCGGAGCAGUACGGUAUUACACGCGAAUUGAAUGCGCUUACGCUCAAGAUAAAAAUUAAUCCGGUACAAAUUCUUACACCGGAAGCAACCGAAGACAUUAAAGCACUACAGGCGUCGAAGCUAAACGAAUUCGACGUGGAUAAAUUUACGGAUAAUCUAACAUACAACAUUACCGAGUAUAAUCUGAAUGAGAUAGCCCAAAAAUUACGAGAUGUAGCAGACCGCGUUCCUUCCGGCAAAGAAAUGAACGACAUCAAAGUGAACUUAAAAAAUCAAGCUCUGCAUCUGUCUUCCUAUCAGACCAAUCUUGUCGAUCCGAUGAUUGUGUCUACAAACGAGCUUAUUAAGCUCUCGACUACGUUGGACAGCAGUUUGAAGUUUGGGGAAAAGUCUUUCUCGGAUGCGAUCGACAAAUUCUUGACGCAGAUCAAAGAGGCUGAAAAUUACAUCAACAAACACGGCAUGACUUUCGUGCAGAAUAUCACCGAGGAACUGGUGACCGGUUUUACCAACCAAAUUUAUGCGUACAUCAAGUUCGUGAUCGAUUCCACAGAAAACGAUAUUGGACUUUGCGGACCGAUGUACAACGUUUACGAAUCGGUGAUUGUUGCAUCGUGUGAUAGGAUCGUAGAUCCAUUUAAUGGAUUCUGGGCUGGUGUGGUGUGGUGCUUGCUAUUGUUCCUGCCGUCAAUUAUUUUUGGCGUGAAGUUGUCGACAUUGUAUCAAAAAUCGGAUCCUUACCCUGGCCCGAUGGUGGAAUCUGAGUAUCUGUAUGAUGCCUACACCGAGCGUGAUAACAUUCCUCUUGCGAGUGGUCCAAAAAAUAAACGCCGCAAGAAGCAGGAUCGCCGCCGUGAAUCUCGUGAUCGUCGGGAAAUCUAUUACGAAGAGGGCAGCCCAUCGCACAGUCGUGACCCAAGGUACAACGAUAUGGCUCCGAAUGUAGAGUCACAGAUCCCUUCAAUACUAACCCAUAGUGGAAGCGAUACGGCGGCAUCAUCGCCACCGCCGGUACUACUAACAACUUCCCACCAGCAACGCCAUACUUUGCACCAACGUCACCACUCUACCCCCUUACCAAUGUCACUGCCAUUGUCGUUACUAACGUCGCAUGAGUCCCAAGAACAGGACCCACCAGCGUCCUAUGCGAUGUAUCAAAGUCCGACCGACGAACGCACAUCCUCGCCAAUGACCACAUCAUCGUUUCAACCGUCGCAACCGCCAGGAACAGGUUCACCGAAUCGCAUGCUUAGCCGCCUGUUUAGCAAAAGCUUCUUUGACGACUUUCAAAUGGCGCUGAAGCAGUAUGACCAGUACGUGCCUGCUGGUGGUUCGUCCGAUCUGCUAACAGUGACCGGGCACGAACGACGAAACCACCAUCAUCAACCUUCUUAUCUGCCUUCAAUGCUACAGCAGCAUCAGCAUCUGCAUCAACAGCACCAUCAGCAUAUGCCACGCACUGGCAAUGUGAGCCGAAGCAAUAGCAGUAGCGUUGGCUCGGUCCGAUCGAUGGCACUCGUACCAACGCGUACUCCCUCGCCGCUGGACUUUCGUACCAUGUCGUUCCGGCGGCCACGAUCACUAGCCAGCGAAGAGGGCGGUGGGAAGCAAUCGGCUACACGCACAGACAGUGGUUACGAGAAAUACUAG